CACUCCACAGUGCUGAGUGAGAGUGUGUAUGUGCAGUAUAUAGCUGUUAUCAAGGUGACAGUCAAUACAUUGCUAAGAAAUUCUCACAACAGCAGAUAGGAAAUAUGUAGUAUUGCAAUGGGGCAAAUAAGGGCAUCUAUAUCUGUUAAUUUGGUUGGAAAUUAGGAAUCCCAAUAAUACAGAGGACAUUCCGUGUCAAAUUUCCUGUCCACCAUAAGAGUGUUUAAUGAAGGUAAAACGAGGUAUUUUCCCAUUUCCUCCCGGGGAUUCCCAUUUCAAAGUGUUGUAUUGAUUAUACCAACCCACCUACAGCAACACACCCUCACAUACAGACGUACGCGGGUGGAGUGAAAACAACAACACGUGACGUGUCACGUCACAAGGUGCGGUCUUUUGUGGAGGUGUGUUUUGAUAAGAACACACAAUUUCAUAAAAGGCUGGUAUGGAAACGGUAUUUAGCUGUGUCCAAACUAAGAAGAGUUUUGGAUAGACUGAUUAUUGUUGGGUAUUUACCAUGAAGCUCAAUGAUACUCUAAGUGGAGGACAGAUUGAUGUUCUCUCUACGGUCUACUUAGUGUUUCUCACUCCCAGUGUGAUUGGGAGCUUUUCUGUCGUGGUCGUUUCCAUAAUUAAAUGGAGGCAUCUGAGAGAACAGGUGCAAAUCUUAGUGCAGCUUGCCAUGGCAGACCUUCUGGCCGCUCUGAUCCUGAUGUCCACCAGUGCCAUGAACAAAGUUAGCAAUGUCAAUAGUGUAGUCAUCUGCCAAUACAGCCUUCCACUCUCGCUGACAUUUUAUUUUAUUUCAUCUCUGCUGGUGGUGGUUUAUGCAUGGAAGUCCAAGAAUGCAAUCCAAGGAUGGAGAGCAAGACCUGCAGGGGAUGAGGGAGGACAGAGUCAGUGUCGAAGGGAAAUUGUAGCUAUACCGGUGUACACCAUUGUGUGGUUGAUCCCCAUUGCAGUAUACUUAGCAUAUGUGCUCACUCACUUUAUAACGACUGCUGAGUUGACGACAAACGCUGACAGAUUACUAAGUAAGGCUAUCAGUAAUGAAAGCAAAUACUGCACCAGUUGUAUUUUGUUCUUGCAUGUCUGGUGGGAUUCCUGCUCUGAUGCUGAGAAAAUCCAUGACAUUUUCAUCAAAGUUUGUGUUUUCUUUGUCGUGAUAGCUGUGAUGCUGUCUUGCUCUUUAGUUUACUACAAGGUUCGUAAAUGGUAUGAACUACAUGAGCAGGAGGGUCUUUUUCCUGUGGAGAGAGAUGGACGUUCAAGAAGAAGAGUCAAAAGAGUGUUUUCCACAACAAGAAAUAUGAUGAUAGUCAUCUUAUUCUGUUGGACACCAGUUCUUGUCCUCAUUCUGCUGUCUGCCCUGAUGAAGUGGACAAAUGUAGACCAGAGCAGCCUAUUUGGUCUUUAUGUGAUACAAGCUGUCAACAUGUCCCUGCAAGGCUUCCUGAACAGUAUGGUUUACGCUUGGAGACGGCCAAACUUUACUGAGGCCGUUCUUGGGGAGACCACACCUCUGCUUGCAUAUGAUCGCCUGGCCUUCUUUGAGGAAUCACUGAGGGUCCCUUCUUGAUUGGUGACCCUAUAUACAUAGAGAGACUGGCCCGAAAAAGACUGCCUGUACACUUAAUGACUUCAUUUGCAGACUUAAGUUGAAAAGAAAGUGAGCAAAAAGAUGAAGGACACACAAAGACUCUUCACACAAGCAACAAUUGAUGCAGUGUUUUUCAUUGCAGUUGGUGAUUUUGUCAUGUAUUAAACAAGUUCAUAGUUGCGUAUAGUAGCAUUUUUUUGUCCAAAUUUGGGCAAAAAGGAAUCCCGGAUAAAUCGCAGAAUUGUGUUGUAUUUAUACAUGUGCUAUGAAUAUAUUGUUCAAUAAAGAUUUAAAAGAUGUCAUGAGAAUUAU